UCCACCGCGAUACAUGUCAAUAUAUUCAAUUAUCGCAAGUCGAGACUACCAAGUUAACCGUAGAAAAUGUAACGCCAUCGUUCUCCAUUCAUGGAAUGACGAAAUAUGUUGUGUUAAAAAACGUCACACCGGCAACACUCAGUCUUUUCUAUAUAAACAUAAUGCGAUUCGUAAACAAAACCAUCGACAGUGAUUGAAGAAUUGAAAACAAGCCAAAAUCUCUCUAUCAAACUGAUGUAAAUUGUGCGAGUGUUUUGCGAUGGAAAGUUCUGCGGGCACUUACGACGAUCAGAGUCGCGCGUGUCAGUACUGCGGAACUAAUUACUGGCUGGCCAUCGGCAUUGCCUCUACUGUAAUAGCAAUCUUAGGAAACGUGCUCACCCUGUUCGCUAUAUUAUUCAGCAAGAAGCUCUCUUCCUUGACCGCCAAUUACUUCGUGUUCAGCUUAGCAGUCAGCGAUCUCAUGGUGGGCUGCUCGCUGCCUUACCACAUGCUGUUCUACUUGGUCCAAGAUUUUGGCAAGACGAGAACCAUCUGCCUGUUGAGGUUUGCACUGACCUGCUUCGCUUGUUCGAGUUCCAUUUGCAACUUGCUGUUCAUCGCUAUGGACAGGUACCUUGCCAUCGUCUAUCCUCUGCACUAUACGCGGUUCAUGACGAAGAAAACAGCCUACAUUCUCAUCUCCGUGGGGUGGUUGCUAGCCACGUCUACGGCUUCAACUCCGCUUGUCUGGAAUGAAUGGUACGAAGGGGUAUCUUGCGAGGUCGUUUACGUUUUCCCUUUCAGUUUCAUCAAAUACGUUUUGUGUCCGAUGUUCGUAAUGAUAUGGACGACGAUGCUACUACUGUACUCAAGGAUAUGCAAGGAAGCCUCGGGACAUCAGAGGAGGCUCAGAGGAUCCGCAAAUUUGAACCAGUUGUCGAGUUCGUUUACUGAAUCAAAGUCAUUUCAGGUGAUGAUGAUCAUUCUAGGAUGCUUCACCAUAUGCUGGCUGCCCUAUCUAGUAAUAACGAUAUACGCGAGGACAGCUAAAUCUUUCCAAUCAGCCUCUCUGUACGAGAUAUUCUUCAACCUAGCAAUGGCCAAUUCCUGCAUGAAUCCCUUAAUAUAUGCCUGGAAGAACACCAAUUUUCGAAAGGCUUUCCUUUGUCUGGUGAAAUGCCGUACGCCAGAUCAUACCAGUGCAAAUUUCAUUACCAAUCAUCUACCAAGUCAGCGGAAUUCAAUGAAUGGCAUUUGCAACAUAUCUUGCCAAACGGAAGGAACAAACGUUGAUGUCGAAAUUCAAAUGGAAUUAGUGGCGAAUGAAAAGAAAUUUGAAUGUAGUGUAGUAUCGCCGAUAGAAAGAGAGAUUUCACGGGUUAGGACUACAAACUAGAGUAUGUUUAGAGUGAAUAGUUCAUAAAAUAAGUAUAGUAGAUAUGUGAAACAUUACCAGACGACUAAAUGAUUCAAAAACGAAAUCCGGAAAAAAAAAUUACUUCAGGUGCAUAGUGUAAGGAAGUUCGUGCAUGGUUCACGUUCAUACUCACAAGACAGGUCUCGGAAAAAUUUUGAGGGAUUGCUAAGCAGGGAAAACAUUUUGAUAACGCAAAAAAACCUCUGACGAUGUGAAUAAUAUUUUAACAAGUCAAAAAACCUUCAGUGUGAAGACAAUGUAAUAUUUAUCUUAAAUGAAUUGUGCAUUUGAAAUGAUCAAAACAUUCGUGAUAAAACUGUAAGGCUGUUUUUUGUAUGACUUGUCUUUUUCAAGGUGGAGAAACAUAUUUAUGUUACUAUGUGUGUAAUUUGAAUAAAUGUAUUCAAUAACAGGAAACUCAAGUUGAUUCUUAAGAAACAUUUUCAACAGCUGAAAUAUUUUUCAAAUCGAAAGUAUUUACUGGUUAAUUAUAACACAAACUUACCAAUUCGCAAACGUAUACUUUCAACUUUAAAUGAAGACACAUCUUCAUUAUUCAGACAAUACUCUUCAUAUUCUCAAUCUAUUUUUGUAACACUAGUAUUGAAAUAAAAUUCAUACAGAACUUUUCCAAGUUGUACAAAAAAUAGUAAAAUCUUGUUCAACAAUUAGCUCAUUGAAAACAGUGAUGAAGUGACAUGUCAAAAGAUUAUAAAUUUUAUACAUUGAAACAAGUUGUAUUUAUUUAAGAUAUUAGUGAAAUAAAAAUUACAUUUCUAGAAAAAUA